GCAACUUCAGUUGCAAGCGAGCGCUCAGCGUGUGUGUCUCGUGUCUCUCGGGCGGCAACAGCAACAGCAGCAGCAGUAGCAACUUGCAACAGCAGCAACGUGCAACGUGCAACGUGCCACAGAAGCCAGCAGCAACUAGCAGCAUAAAUUGCGUCUUUUUCUGACUUUGACUUUGGGCCACAAGCGGUUUUGAAGUUUCGCACUUUCAAGUUUCCCGCGCGCGUUUCUCAAAUCAUUUUGUCGACGGCCGACUGUUGAGUGUUUUGUUUUGGUUUACGAUUGUGUUGCAUUGUCACGUGCCCAUUUGUUUGUUUGUUUUUUGUUGCUGUGUUGUGUGGUGUCGAGGAAUAGCUCGAGUCCAGGGAACAAGCCAACGUGCCGCAUUGAAAUUGAACACCGAAUUUCGUUUGGAAGGCGACAGCAUUCGAUGGACUUGCCACAUGAGCUCUAGUUGCAACUGAUUCGAGUGUCAGCAUUUAUCUGCAACUUCCUAGACUACGAUUGUGGGGCAGGACGAAAACACUUGCAACUGGUGGAGGCGAGGAACCGAAACCAGAAACCAGAGACAGGAAAACAUAGCGGCAAGCAGAGUGUUGCAUACUUGGCACAAAUAGAAUAGCGUGAGCGAGGAUACGGAUACGACUAUACGUAGAUACGUAGAUACAGAUAUAUAUCCGCCACUCCAUAGACGCAGAGCAGCGGCAACAUGCCGUCGACGGCAAUAAAUAAAGCAGCACGCAGUGUUGCCAAUGCGAUCCAAUUGCUGGCAAUCGUUCUCUAUUGCUGCUGCAUGGUGCAUGGACAGCAGCAGCAGCAGCAGCAGCAGCAGCAACAACCACAACAGCAGCAGCACUUGAAGUACCAGCAAUUGCAAUACCAAAUGCAGCAGCAAUAUGAAUACCAGCAGCAGCAGCACUACCAGCAGCAGUUUCAGCAGCAGCAGCAGCAGCAACAGCAGCAGCAGCAGCAGCAGCAGCAACAUCAUCUGACACCCACGGCAGCACUUGCCCACCAGCAGCAGCAUGGGGAGCAAAUCGACUUGCUGUCCACUCAACCAACUCAGCUGCUGCAAACAGGUGUCUCCUUGAUUGUGGAGGAUUCAAAGGGCUCGGGCGAUGGCAGCGGAAGUGGAAGUGGAAGUGGAAUUGCUACCUCAUCCAGCCGUCGUCGCACCGCUCAGUUGGCAACUCGCAAGCGGAAACGACGCCCCCAACUUCCGCUGGCCACGAUGGGUGCCACGGAGGAGGAUUCUGGCCCAGACGCGACAUCUGCCUACUGGCGCGGUCACGUGGAGGAUGACGCAGAUGCUCUGCGCAGAAGGAAUCAACCCUUGGUGAGGGAACCCAUGGCUGCCCUCGAAAGAGAUCGCGAACGCGAGAAGCAGCGCAAGCGAGUGGAGCCCACGGAUGCCAGUCCGCAGGGCAGUAAUCCCAGCAAGGCCUAUCGCCGUCCAUAUGGGCAGGCCAAAAAGGAACCCAUGCUCGAUGCUGGCGCCGCUGCGCCCACUAAGACAUCCGUGGAUUUGAAGAACAUCCUGAAGAACUCCGGAGGCCUGAGUCUCAGUGAAAUUCUGCAGCAGAAGAAUCUGUCGCUGGACGAUCUGCUCAAGGGCAAACAGAAUGCUCUGUUGGCUCUGCAAACAACAGCCGUUGCCCCGCCAGCCUCCACGUAUGCCUCUCCUGGCUCCCGAGCUGAUCCCCCGAAGAAGUCGUCUAACCAACAGAAUAAACAGGGUGUGAGGCGAUUGCCUGCUGCGUAUACCACCACUAGCACCACCACUGGUAACGAUGAGGAUGAAGCCGUGAUAGCCAAAAACAAGGCCAAAUUUCCCAACGCCCUGCAGCGCCUAAAGCUCUUUGGCAGCUCUUCGCGGGAGAGCAGCACCACAAGACGCACUUUGGGUGGCAUCAAUGGUCACAGCAGUACCACCAUGGCCACCAGCACCAGCGCAAGUGCAAGCACCACUAGCACCACCACCCGGGUGCCACUCUACAAGAAGCGGCAGCAUCUGCGGUCCACUCUAAAGCCACCGGGACUCUUCAAGCCGAUCACUGGCAGCACCACUAGCACCACCACAGCAACGGCAGUGACCACCACUCAGGAAAUGGAGACCAGCACCGCUUACUCCACUAGCACCACGGUGUUCAAUAACGUGGAGGAAGGCCGAGACGAGGAUAGGGAAAACUCGGAGGAACGGGAACGGGAAGAUGAGCAGGAUCAGGAACCGAGUCAGGAGAACCAGGAGAGCCUUGAGGUAGUGGAGCCCGAUUCCAGUGAAGCAGAGUCUGGAGAAGGCAUUCCGCCCACCGAGACGCCAGAACCACCAGCUGCUCCCUCCAUUGCACCCGGAAAUCCCCGCUAUCGUCUGCGAAACUCUAGCAUCAAAGAGAAUCAAAAGCGAUUAAAGGACAACUUUAUUGGAGGCAAUAACGGAGACAGUAGUGAGGAGCUGGUGGAUCUGGUUGAGGCUGGACCUAGUUCUACAACAUCCACCACAUCCUCCCAGAAGAACAGCGAAGAACUAAAUUACGGCGAGGACGAGCUGGAGAACUUUUUCGACGAAGUGGAGAGUCACACGCACCACACUCGCGUGCCAGCACCAACAGCACUUGCACCUGCACCACCAGCCAGAUCACCCACUCCUGCAGCAGCAGCACCACCUCCUCCUCCACCACCUCCCUCUCCCUCCUAUGAACCACCACCACCGUCCUAUGCACCACCACCCGCUUUAGCGGCGGCAAAGCCACCGCAGCUGAAUGUCAUAGACGACGUGGACGAUCGCACCGAUCUACUGGAACUCAUUGAGGAUCGGCGGUCGGGCAACCGACUGUUUAAGGUUCUGGAGCAGCGCAACAUGACCCUGGAGGAGCUGAUCGAGCACCGGAAACGCGGCUCCAGCCAACUGCAUCUGUCCACCAUUGUGAACGGCGGCGAUGAGCACUCCCGUCUUUAUCCCGGCCAGAAGGUCCUGCUGCAGGACAAUAUGGACAUUGUUACGGCCUUCGAGAACUUUCCGCACUUCAAUCUGAUGGAUCUGAAGAGCGUGAAGCCCGAUGAGAUCAAGACGGACUCGCAGGGUUCCAGCUACUUCACCUCCAUCAUCGACAUCGAGCCGAACGACGAGGUCAAACCGAUGGGAAGUCGAGGUCCCGCCUACGCACAGACAUCCUCCUCAUCGGCGACCAUUGGAGCGGGCACGGGAACCAUUUCGAUCAAUUCACGGGGCGAGAAGUCGCUGGGAUUCUUCCCGUCGUGGAAGACCCUGGCACUCGCCUCCUUGGCCACGGCCACCGAGGAGAGGAAUCCCUAUUUUCUACCUCCGCCCCGACUGCUGCUCGACGGAAGCUCCCAGGAGGCGGACUCCAACGCAGAGUCGGAGCCAAACAGCAUUGACAUCAAUCUAAGCGUGAGUCCCUAUGGCGGCAACUCCUCCUCGAUGAUGGACAACAGCCAGAUGCCGCCGAAUAACGAUGUGAUCGAUGAGAUCGAGAAUGAGGUGGCGCGGGCACACGAUCUCCUGGAUCUGGAGCUCUCCGGUCCGGGAUUCCAUCGCAGUCCUGCUGCAGCGGCAGCCACAUCCGCCGUAUCGCAGCAGCACUUGAGCAGCUUGUACGCCAGCAUGCCAUCCGGGAUCAAGUCCGCGAUCGUGGCCAGCACGGCGAUAGUGGUCACCGCCUUGGCCACCUUCCUGGUCAUCUUCGUCGUCUGCCGAUGGAAACAGCAGCGCAGGAGAAAGAGCAGCUACCUGCGCACCUACAACGCGAUGAAGAGCAAGCUGCCGCAGAUGGUGCAGCCUUCGCGUCGUCCCUCGAUGCGCCAGCACAUGGAAGAGCUGGUCAUUGGAUCCGGCUCAGGUUCAGGUUCAGGAGCUGGAUCAGGAUCGGGCUCAAGGACGGGCAUAACCAGCAUAUCUACUUCGGUGGCCUGUUGCACGCCCGUCCAUCAGUUGCAGCGCCAGAGUUCCCUGCUCUUUGCCCGCGAUGGAUCCGCCACCUUGAGCACCGCCACUUCGCUGACCACGAAUAGCACCACGAACACCACCAUUACAACGGGGGCGCAGCCACCUGCUCCUCCGGAGGCGAUGAGUGGGCGUGGCCUGGCCAUUUCGCUGAGAAGCGCCCAACAGAAGCUGAACACCAUGGAUCCCAGUUCGCCGGAGGUGCAGGAAUAUCUAUUCGACACGCUGCGCAAAUCCUUCGACAAUUAGGCAAUAGGCAGUAGGCUCCUCUAGUAACAAUAACCGUUGUUUAGGCCAAGUUUUAUAUAAAUGUACACUCAACACACACACUCACACGCACACAAAACAUCCCCCCAACACACACAAACACACAAUUAACGCGAAGGAGCAAAAGUUAGUCGAUUAAUUAGUUUAAGCAGGUAGGAGGUGGAAUUUUUUUGAACUCGAUUAGAGGAACAUUCUGUGAGAGAAAGUAAAACUAACAAAAACAAACCUAGAAAACACAUUUUAGACAGUGCGUGGCAUGGCCAUAAGGCGCUUUGUAAGGAAAGGUUUAAAACGAUUGUGCAGACAUACAGUUUUCAAAAGUUGUGUUCAUUUUCCAAAUAUUUUAAUAUUUUAGAAAUUUGUCUACGUGAUUUUCAUGCCAAACUUGAAACUAAACUGUAUACUCCAUUUUGUGUGAGUUAUUUUUACAUUAUUUAUUUUCUGCAACACAUUCUUAGUUGUAGACCGCAAAACCUAACUCAAUCCGCCCUACGUUUAUGGCGCGCACUGUUGCUAGUCUCUAAGCUCGGCAAAACCAUCAUUUCCUACUAUCUAGACCUAGUGUACGAGUAUGAACCAUCAACUAAAGCGACUCUAUCAACUAAAUCAUAGCACACGGCAUUCAAAUGGGUUUCUUAAGCACAAGAUGAGGACGAAAACUAACUUAAAUACAGUGAGCAGAACAGGAUCUUAGCCAAACAAAGUACAGUUGUGUUCAGACACUUUCCCGAAAAAAGCCCAAAUCGAAUGAAUAUUGAAAUUCGAGAGAGCAAAAUAAAACCAUUUAUGAGGACAAUAAAUAUUAACGAGAAAAUUACGAGAAAAACAAGAAAAUUACGAGGAAAACUGUGUUCGAUACGAUUUAACCGAAGCAAACUUCUUUCUGGCACUGACUAAAAUACCAAAAAUUAAAUUGAAAUUAGAACAAGGCAAGGCAUAAAUGGGCGCUGUGUGGGCGUGGUCAUUAGCACACAAAUAUCAACAACAAAAGCAAGAACAACACAAAUAGUUUAAAUGCUCAAAAAGUACUGCAAAAAUCAAUAAGGAAAAUAGAAGAAACACCUGUAUUUAUUUCGUAGUGCAGGCACUUUAUUUUUGAUUUGAUUUCUGAUUUUUGUUACCAACCCCGCCCCUCUCACUAGGCAGUAGAACAUCUGGCGACAGUAUAUAUACAUAUAUAU